AGCGGCGGUUCGUGCGCUGGGCCCGAGCUCCGCGUUGCGCUGCGAUGGGGCACCGCACCGCGCUGAGCUCGGCCAGGCGCUGCCGUGUCUCAGCCUGCCCGUAACGGGAGCCUCCACGAAGGGGAACAAGCUGCCUUAUCUUGCUUGCAAAAUCCUGCUCACCUGACCAUUGACCGUUGAGUCUGCAGCCACAGGAGGAGAGAGAUCUGCAAUUGGGGCUGUGAGGAAGAUGAGUUUCCAGCUGCUUUUGCCUCACCAUCUUUUGUAAAGCUCCUCUGUUGCUCAGUGUUCCUGAGCCUGCCUCCUCUCUCCCAAGAUGCUGAGAAGAGUCCUGUGUACCAUGUUGCUCAUGGGAGCCUUGCCAUCACUGGCUGAGGAGCCUCAGGGCCACAUCUCUGUGGUCUUGCUGGGAGCCACAGGGGAUUUAGCCAAGAAGUAUUUGUGGCAGGGUCUGUUCCAGCUCUACAUAGACCAAGUGAGCAGUGGCCACAGCUUCACCUUCCAUGGGGCUGCGCUGACAGGUCUGGAGCCGGGGCAGAAGCUGAUGUUUGAUGUGCUGAAGAAGCUCACCUGUCCCCCAGAUGAAUCUCCCAACAGGUGUGCUGUGCUCAAGGACCAAUUCCUGAAGCUGAGCCAAUACCACCAGCUGAAAACUGCCGAAAACUACACUGCACUGAACAGAGAGAUUGAGGUGCUACUUCACCAGGAGGGGCUGAAGGAGGCCGGAAGGAUCUUCUACUUCUCAGUACCACCAUUUGCCUACACAGAGAUUGCCCGCCACAUCAACAGCAGCUGCAGGCCGCCUCCAGGUGCCUGGCUGCGUGUGGUGCUGGAGAAACCUUUUGGCCAUGACCUGGAAUCAGCCCAGCAGAUGGCUGCAGAGCUGACGAGCUUCUUCAGGGAGGAGGAAAUGUACCGGGUGGACCAUUACCUUGGCAAACAGGCUGUAGCUCAUAUCUUGCCUUUUCGAGAUCAGAACCGCCAGUUUCUGGAUCCAAUUUGGAACAGACAUCAUGUGGAAAGAGUGGAGAUCGUCUUGAAGGAGGUUGUGGAUGCUAAAGGCCGCACCAGUUUCUAUGAGCAGUAUGGCGUCAUCCGGGAUGUGCUGCAGAACCACCUCACUGAGGCCCUGAUGUUCCUGACCAUGGAGCUCCCAGGCAACCUGAGCAAGGCUGAAGAAGUCUUGCAGUGCAAGCUGCAGGCCCUGCAGUCCUUGAGAGGCCUGGAGAAACAGAGUGUUGUGCUGGGUCAGUAUCAGGCGUAUGCCAGCCAUGUACAGGAGGAGCUGCAGAAGGGGCAGAACUAUGUCAGCACAACACCAACCUUUGCAGGUGUGCUUGUCCACAGUGACAGCCUGCGUUGGGAAGGGGUUCCUUUCCUCCUUACUUCUGGAAAAGCUCUGGAUGAACGGGUAGGUUAUGUCCGAGUUCUCUUCAAGAACCGGGCCUACUGCACACAGAGCGAGGCUUUGAGGGAUGCAGGGCACAGCCAGUGUAAACCCAAGCAGAUUGUGUUCUACAUUGGACAUGGCGUGCUCAACACUCCAGCAGUGCUGGUGAGCAGGAACCUUUUCAGGCCCAUCAUGCCAAAAAGCAGUUGGAGAGAAGUUGUAGGGCAGCCUGACCUGCACAUUUUUGGACAGCUGCUGUCUGAUUACUACGUGUACAGCCCUGUGAAAGAGAGAGAUGCGUAUUCUGUCCUCAUCUCCAACAUCUACCAUGGCAGGAAAGACUUCUUCAUAACCACUGAGAACUUGCUGGCCUCCUGGGCAUUCUGGACACCGUUGCUGAACAGCAUUUCCCACCAGGCCCCGCGCCUCUACCCUGGUGGAGUGGAGAACCAGCAGUUCUUAGACUUUGAAAUGGUGAGUGGGGAACUGACCUUCACAGUGGCAGAGCCAGUGGAAUUGCUGAACCCCAGUGGGCCGAUGCCAAGUGAUUACAAGACGAUCCAGUCCAAAUUUCGAAAAAGCCCCUUGGUCUCAGCGUGGUCCGAGGUGUUGAUUUCUCAGCUGGCUUCUGAUGUCGAGAAGACAGCAAGCAGAGCUGUGGCACGCUCUGGGCAAUUCCACCUGGCCCUCUCGGGCGGCUCAAGCCCGGUGGCCCUAUUCCAACGGCUGGCAAGGCACCAUUAUGACUUCCCGUGGAGGCACACCCACCUCUGGCUGGUGGAUGAGCGUUGCGUCCCACUCACCGACCCAGAGUCCAACUUCUUCAGCUUGCACAACCACCUCCUGCAGAACAUCAGAGUUCCCUACUUCAAUGUCCACCCCAUGCCCGUGCACCUGCACCAGCGGCUCUGUGUGGAAGAGGAUGGAGGCACAGAGCUGUACGCCAAGGAGAUCGUGGCCCUGGUGGCCAACGCCAGCUUUGACCUGGUGCUGCUGGGGGUGGGCACUGAUGGCCAUACUGCCUCGCUGUUCCCCCACUCUGAAAAUGGUUUGGAAGGGGCUCAGGCUGUGGUACUGACGGAGAGCCCUGUCAAACCUCACCAGAGGAUGAGCCUCACUCUGCCCCUUAUCAACAAGGCCCAACAGGUGUUUGUCCUAGUAAUGGGGAAGGGCAAACAUGACAUCACCAUGCAGAUCAGCAGGGUGGGCCAUGAGCCAAGAAAAUGGCCUAUCUCGGGUGUCAGCCCCAGCUCAGGACAGCUGGUGUGGUACGUGGAUUACGAAGCUCUGCUUGGAUGAUGUUCCUAGUGUCCCUUCUCCGUGGUUGUCCUGGCUCUUAAAGCCUGGAUUUUCCUACACAGUGCCCAUGUUUUUUCUGUUGCCAGCAGCAGUUUCUGACAGAGUGCUGUCACCUUCUGGGAAAUUGGUGGCCUGCAGUGCCUGUGGCAUUUGAGCUCAGCUCAGUGUGCAGAGCUAAGCAAGAGCCAAGAGCCCAGUGCAGCAUUGCUGGCUCUGCCAGGACUGAACCGUGACUUUGGACACAUUACCUCACCUUGAAGUGCCUCAGUUCUCUCCUCUCAGGCUUUUUGAUUAUUAAUACUGAGCUACCUCGCAGACACAAUGGAGACUUAUUAAAUUAAAUACCUGCCAGAAAUUUUCUUUUAUAUUCUCAGGUUUGAAGAUGGAUGUGGUAAUGACAUGUCCGUCUUCUGCUCAGCUUUGUCUGGGACAUUGGUGUGGCCUCAGCAAAAUAGGUCUCACGUGCACAUGAGUUUGUUGUCUUAUUCAUGCAGCCCAUCAUGAUGUCAGCCAGCACAGACGAGGGCUGGGCUCUCCUGCAGCUUUCAUGGCAUGUGUCCCCUAAAUGCUGACACCAGUUUGUGAGCUCUCGGUAGUUCUGGGUCUUCGCCAGUUGCCAAGCAGCAGGGGCUGAGUCUAUAUGCAGUAAUUUGCUGCUUUCCUUAAGUGGGUAGCUGGUACCAUGGGGGAUGCAGAAGGAAACCACACUGCUUUUUAGGCUGUUAGAGUAAUGGGGACAGGGUGAGGAACAUGGCAGUUUGCAAAGCUGUUAUUUCCCUGUAGCACAAUAAUUAUUAAGGGAAAACCUUGGUGUUCAGAAUAGUCAUUUGUGUUUAGCCAGCAAAGGAGUGGUGGUUUCCUUAUCCAUCUUCUGUGUUUGUCUCAUUCUCUAAAACAUUUUUUGUCUGUCCUCAGAAUUGAAGCUUUAAAGACCAUCCACAUGUCCCUCGUUACAUCGUGCAUUAAGGUAGUUACAUGUUUGGGGAUGGGGGUGGUGGGAUUUCAGCUCCAGGACACUGCUUAGAAUGGCAGGGAAUUUUCUGCACGCAUCCACUUUUAGUCAUGGUGUCUGAUGUUUGGGUGCUCCUGUGUGGAGCCAUGAGUUAGACUUGAUGAUUCUUACAGGUUCCUUCCAACUUGGGGUAUUCUGGAUGGAGGUGACGGGGCUGAGGGUGAUGCAGGGACCCCAGUGCUGACACGAAAUGGCACCUGGACUCCAGGAAGCAGCAGUGAGUUGUGCGGUGUGGGGCUGCGCCACCCUUCACAGCCCUGUAGCCUCCUAGGGAAAGUGGGAUCCUCAGUAGUUGCGCCUGGAAUUUGGUGACCCUUCACAGACCUGCAGUUCCACAGGAUGUGGAAGGAAGGAGACUUCGUUUGAUGCAGCUGGAUGAUAGGCAUUGGCCUCAAAUCCUUCCCUGCAUUGGGGCAUCUGCUGAAUCUGGGUAAUGAGGAUGCAAAUCAGGCUGCAAAUAAUUGCUGUGGUCUGGCGGCACGCAGAACAGUUUGAAUGGCCCAUGCUCCCAGGUUCUCAAGUCCUUGCCUUUCUUUCUGCUCAUCUUAAUGCGGAAAUCAGAAUUCUUAUCCUCUGCUAAUUGUGCAGAUAAAAGAAUACUGAGCAAACUCCAGAAAGCCUGUUAAUGGUCAGCAGUCCCUAGGCAAACAGGGCCAGGGAGAACACGAGCUGGCAGAAACUGUGGGCUGCAGGAAGAGGCCAAAUGCUCGGGGAAUGGCUGUGGUUUCUGGCAGCCCCCUCCCAAGCCUGCAGAUGGUGCUGAAAAAUGGCAUUUUGUGUACUGCAGCUGACUAAGCAGAGCUGAGCUGUCCCAAUGCACAUCACUUGGCUCUUGCAUGGGAAAGGAUAGGACUUCUGGUGCAGCUGUAUCAUCUGCAGAAGAAAGAUGAGUGCCUUACCUGGCCUGCUCUAACACCUGGGAUGGUUGGUUAUCCCUCUAUUCUGUGUGUGCUCAUCAGUACAUUUGCUGCUGCCUGUUUUGCAGUUUCAGCUGGCUUAACUACCAGCAGAAACACAAAAGGGUGAGAAUAAAUUGCAGGGAAAGAGAAUAGCAUAGAAAUGCAGGAGGAAGGCAAGCACUGCAGGCACCUUGGUGCAAGUGAAGUCUGGAAUCAGAGAAGUUAACUGGAACAAGUAGAUGAGUGCUAGCAAACACUGGCUCUAAAAUAUACCACAGUGGCUGAAACAGCUGUGCGGAGGAAGAUGUGUUAGGUCUGGUAUGGCCAUAAAUUUAAAUGUCAUUUUCCUUCUUUAAACAAAAGUAGCCAUGUUAACUUGAAUCUAGUUCUUGUGUGCUUGGGGUGAGGGAACAAGUUAUAAUGAAAAAUGGACCUAUGUGAGAAUAAAUAUCUUGUUACAGUGGCAGAAUCUAUUCCUGCUUUACAAAUGACUGGCAUUUGCGUUUUCUCGUUUCUGCACAUUCUUUUAUAACAUUUGGCUGGUACCUUUCAAAAUAAACACUGAUCUUUAUUUUUAGAGGGGUUUAUUUGCACUUCUAGAUAGUGUUGUUAUCACCGCCAGCCCAAGAGCAGCUGCUCUUCAGAGCUGAAGAUAGGGAUCAUUUGGGAAGUCCCCAAUGGGUCACCCUGAAAUUCAUCCUGAUCUCAUAAAAAUCCAUUAGAAACUUGUGUGUGUUUUCCUCAGUGAGCGUAGCUGCUGGGGUUGCACUGUAUAUAUAUUUUUUCCACAGACAUUCCUUUUAAGCUCUUUAAUACUUAACAUUUGCCAAAUGAGAAAUAAAUAUUUUGCAAUGUAUAACAUUUGUGACUGGCAAGAGAGACCGUGGAUGGGAAGAAGGGCAGAACCAGCAACAAAUCUGACGGAGAAGAAUGGUAGAAAUCCGCUGGGCUGUAGGCCAAGGAGCAGCGCUAUUUUUAUUUGGUGAAAGCUAUUAAUGGGAGGCUGCACCUUCCUGAGGGAUUGUGUGUUAACCUUUCUUUGCAGAAGCAAAUCCAUGGAGUAACUGCUUACAGUCUGUCUCUAAGUGAAUAUUGAUAACAAUUCCUUUUUCUUAGUGACAAAUGGUUUCUUCAUUGCAUUCCUGUGAUUCGGUGGUGUGAUAUUUACUGUUUUACAGAAAACUAACACUGGAAUUCAUUUUUUCUCACUGUAACUUUUAUAACUCAAGCUGUAAAAUCUUAUUUUCCCAUGAGUAAAUUUUAUGUUUCCUUUCAUGUUGUGUCAUGAAUAGAGAUUUAUAUUUAUUAAAAAAUAAAUAUUUUUUUAGCAUUAA